AUACAAAUAUACCGUCGCCUGGACCAGGAGGAUCCCUGAACUCAACGUAAAGGGACGCACGAAGAUCCCUCCCGCGAGCGAUGGCCAACGUUCGCCUGAGACCUACCCAGCGUCGUCUACCAAGUGUUUAAGCCUCCACGUUCACGACUGUUUCCUCCGACACGGCGCUUAAUCGCUCUCGGCUGUCGCGCAUGCGCAUCCAGAAGAACCCAGGAAGCAGCAACCGCCGACCGACGUUCGGCCGCAGGCUAUGGAUCGCCAGAUGACCGUCCACCCUAACGAACAUGAGCUCACCUCGUAACACUCCUUCCACGUCUCAUGAACGCCACAACCCGGCGUGGCAGGGGACCUCACGCCUCUAACGACGCCUCGGCGCUCUUCUACCACCUCAGUCGCGCGAUUGGGCGUAAUCCAGGCGACCCAUCGUUCCAAUUCAGUCGAUACAAGGACGUGAUACAACCCACUAUUGACGGAGGUAGCGCUUCGACUUCGUGGAGCCUCAAGAACCACUUUCAACGUACUCGCGAGGGCCAUAAAACGGUCUACUCUUACCCUACGUGCUAUUUCGCAAAAAGCACGCAGCCUAAGAGACCGCGAACGUUGUCGCAAUCGACCAGCAGGUCCCCAAGCACGCCCUUCCUACGACAAGCACGCCCUUCUUGCCGCAAACACGCCCUUCUGCCCGCAAGCACGCUCCUCCACUUACAACACCAGGCCCCUUCAUCUUGGUCUCGUGUGCCUCAGUUCGUGCACACGCCCUCACCUUACCGGUCUCGUGUACGCAUUGUCCCGGUCAUACUUCCGGCAGCACGGCGGUAGAAUCCGCCCCGAAAGAUUCCGCCGCAACCAUUUCUCCACUCUCCGCAUUCAACGUCGCAGAAAACCAAGCGCCGGAUCGUGCUGAUCGCAAGGAAACACGCAGCGGAAGUUGAGCACGUGCCAAGUUCGUAUUCCCGGGAAAAGCCGAACAACACACG